CUAUUGAAGUAGUCAACUUGUAGUUCCAACUGUAUCCCGUAGUGUUAAGUUUUCAUUAUAACUUAACUAGUUACUUAGUAGGUAGGUACCUUGUUAUCUCCGAUGACGAAACACUCCUAAGUAACUUAGUUAAUUUAAACCCCUCCCUCAUACCUACCAUUGAUGUAACCACACUCUUCCUGCCUAUCUAUACCUCACCCCCCUCCCUACUCUACUACUACUAUCUAUCACUACCCCAUACACUCACCACUUCACUUCAUCUCACCCCAUCACACCAACAACACAACUACACAAAACACAUAAAACCACCAUGCCCACUCAACCCCCAAACAACCCAACAUCACCCCCCAAAACCAUCAAGACAUCCCUCCUCCUCCUAAGCGACACCCACACCCUGACCCCCCUCCCCCCCAUCCACCCCAACACCAGUACACCCUUCCGCCAUCCGCUCCCCGCCACGGACCUCCUAAUCCACGCCGGCGACCUCACCAAAGUCGGGCACAAGCACGAACAUCUCACGACGCUCUCAUUCCUAAAAUCCGCCCGGGCGCCAAUCAAACUCAUCAUCCCAGGCAACCACGACAUCACGCUCGACGAACCCUACUACAAGAAAAUCGGACACUACCGCCACCGCUACCGCACCGACCAUACAGCGCCGUCGGCCACAAGCGGGAGCGAUAAUGUGUCCGCGGGGAAGGGAACGCCCGGAAUGGCGUUAAGUGAUGAUGAACUAAGGGAGAUCAAAGAACUAUAUACGGGGAAAGAAGCAUGGGAUGCGGGGAUACGGUACCUCGAGGAAGGGACGCAUGUGUUCAAGUUACAGAAUGGGGCCGUGCUGAGGGUGUAUGCGAGUCCGUGGACGCCGGAGUUUUGUCAGUGGGGGUUUGGGUAUCCGCGGCAGGUUGAUCGGUAUAAUCCUCCGGAGGAGGAGGGGGAAGAGGGGGCGGAGAAUCCAGUGCCUGAUUAUCCGGGUGUGGAUGUGAUGAUUACGCAUGGACCGCCGUAUGGGGUGCUGGACCAGGUGGUGCCGAAUCAUAUGAGUGUGGGGUGUGAGCAUUUGUAUCGGGCUGUGAAGAGGGCGAGGCCGCGGGUGCAUGUGUUUGGGCAUAUUCAUGAGGGGUAUGGGGCGACGAGGAGGGAGUGGAGUUCGGGGAAUGAGAGUGUGAUUCAGUGUGAUAAGGAGAGGACGUUGGAGGAAAGGUGUGCGAGGGUGGAUGUUAGUAAGGAGGGGGGCAAUGGGUUGAGGGUUGGGGAGGAGACGUUGUUUGUGAAUGCGAGUGUUGUGACGGUGCAGUAUCAGGCUAUUAAUGCGCCGUGGGUGGUGGAGGUGGAUUUGCCAGUUGAGUAGGAUAUUACUACGGUCUGUGGAGUUCGGUUCCAGUAUAUAGUUGAUUUAUUUUUAAUGGCUGGUGUCACUAGAUGUUGGGUGACAGUGUGGUAGUUCACUUAACGAACUGUUAAUACUAAUUGUUAUACUAUGCUGCUAAUUCUGCAAGCUACCUGUACAGUGAUCACCCGGGUAUGGCAUCAAAUAAUAUACAUGUACAGUCCAACAAACGAGAUGUCCAACAGAAGGGAGAGAAGU